GGAGGCAGAGGUUCAUUCGUGCGUGAAGAUUUGUGGAGUGCCUCACCGGGAGGGAGGAAACGUGUGUUUUGUUCAUUUUUUGCAGGCUUCUCCUGUUGCGAUAAGCCGCCACACUGCUGGAAUAUCGUUAGAAAAUUGUUUUCGUCGGCACUUCGGGUUGUACUUAACGGCGGUGUUGCGCUACGCAGCAAACGCUGAGUUUAGGAUUGGUCACCUGUCUGCAGCAGCUGACUUGUUACUCCAAGUGAGUGGUGUCAUUACGGCAGUUGCCGAAGGAAAACAGGCAGUUGCUAACAAGUAGUUAGCAACUCAGCCGGUUAGCCUGUCAGCUAGGCUGCUCUCCGUACCGCCACAUCAAGUCCCACCCUCACCGAGUGCGUGGACGUCGUAAGAAGAGGCUGCAGCGGGGAAGUCGAGUGCUUUCUCCUCUCAACUUAGCCAGCAUCGCUUUGCAGCUAGCUGGCAAAGCUAAAACAUCUAAACGUUAAGCUAGGCGACGCCAACGUAACAUUGCUGGCUUUACCGUUGGACAAGUGUCUUCUGUGGAGGGAUCCGGUCGCUACGCUGGCAAAGAGACUGGCUAAAAAGAAGAGACGAAAUAAGAGAAAACAAGGAAGACAUCAAGAAGGAGGGGACUGGCUUGUUUAGCCGGGGAGACAGAAUCUCACAUAGAUAGCAAACGCCGCCACCGCGCCACACACAGCCAUGAGUAUUGAGAUACCGGUGGGGUUGACAGAACUGCUGCAGGGCUACACCGUGGAGGUGCUGCGACAAAGGCCGUCAGACCUGGUGGAUUUUGCAGUACAGUACUUCACCCGUUUGCGGGACACCAGAAGCCAGGAUGGGGCCAUUGCCGGCGUCAAGCUGGGGAAAGGAGUCGUGUUUGAUGGGGAGCCGAUGCAAACGGAGUCCAACGGAGAUGACGAUGACGAUGAUUCUGACUUUGAGCCUCCACCACCCAGCAGAUUCAACAGGAGAGUGUCAGUGUGUGCGGAGGCAUUCAACCCAGACGACGACGACGAGGACACGGAGCCCAGAGUGGUUCACCCGAAAACAGACGAGCAGCGCCUCAGACUGCAAGAGUCCUGCCGAGACAUCCUACUGUUCAAAACACUAGAACAGGAGCAGUUCUCGGAGGUGCUGGACGCCAUGUUUGAGUUACGGGUUCAGCCCCUUGACCACGUCAUCGACCAGGGCGACGACGGAGACAACUUCUACGUCAUAGAGAGGGGGGUGUAUGACAUCAUGGUAACGGGAACAACGGUGGGUCAGUAUGACAAUAAGGGCAGCUUCGGGGAGCUGGCACUCAUGUACAACACGCCACGCGCCGCCACCAUCGUUGCCACCGAGGAGGGGGCGCUAUGGGGACUGGACCGUGCCACAUUUCGUAGACUCAUCGUGAAGAACAAUGCAAAGAAGAGGAGGGUGUACGAGGCCUUCAUCGAGUCCGUGCCCUUACUCAAGUCACUGGAGGCUAACGAGAGGAUGAAGAUUGUGGAUGUCUUAGGAUCGAAGCAGUUCCCUGACGGUGAGCGCAUCAUCACACAGGGAGACAAGGCUGAAUGCUUCUAUAUAGUAGAAUCUGGGGAGGUCAAGAUCAUGAUGAAGAGUAAAACGAAGGCAGACAAUGCGGAGGUGGAGCUAACGCGCUGUAGCAGGGGUCACUACUUCGGGGAGCUGGCCUUGGUCACCAACAAGCCCCGGGCCGCCUCGGCCUACGCAGUGGGCAAUGUCAAGUGUGUGGUAAUAGACAUUCAGGCCUUUGAGCGCCUCCUGGGUUCCUGUAAGGAGAUCAUGAAGAGGAACAUCGCCCACUAUGAGGAGCAGCUGGUGGCCCUGUUCGGCUCCAGCAUGGACCUGAGAGACUGAGCCUCCCACACCACCCUCCGUGCCUUCUAUUACACACACACACACACACACACACACACACUCACACACACUGACAUAUGUCCUUUCUCAUAUCGUGCAGUGGCUAUACAGACUCAUAAUAAGCUUUACAUGGAGUGAACAAACAAAUGAAGAAUUGUUCUUGGCUCACCUGCAAGUACAUAAAAUCCCACACAGUAUGUACACACUCACACACAUACAUGUACAUCGACACUUAUGCAGGCACUGAGAGAGACGCCCACUUCACUCAGUCUGCUCAUCCUCGUGCACAUUUUAGUUCAACACGUCAUUAAUAGGCACACACACGGACGGACAGACAGACACAGACAGACAGACAGACAGAGCAAGCUAAAGGCCAUACACCUCAUUGCUUGAGCCAGCUUCAACCUCUCAGUAUGAAUGUCUUCGCUGCGAUGUCCAUAAUGCAGGUAGCGCAGUGUAAGGACAUACAAUACACACACGUGUCAUAUGUGCAGGCUUUGUGUUCAGAUGAGAUUACACACAACUUAAACAAAGCCUUAGCAAAGGACACAUCAACACACACAGGUACACAUACAUAUGCUCAAAAACAUACAGGCAACCACACUUGCAAAAACGGACACAUUGUGGUAAAAUGGAGACAAAAAACUUUUAAAAUCUCUGAAAAGGAAAAUUAAUCAAAAUGCAAAAAAAGAGAGAAGUUUAAAGA